AUGCAAUAAUAUUCCAAUAAUUUCAAUAAAUAACAAUAAAAUUAAUUUAAUCCUAACAAUUUCAUUGAUUAAUUUUAAUCUAACAUGAGUACAGUUAAGAACAUAGGCACAAUAAUCGGAGGUGGUGAUAAAAUAAAUAAUUUAAUAGAUAAAACAUUACAAAGGGACUGGCUAGGAGAAAAAAUAUUUAACGAAAAUGUUCGAGCAUAUUUUGAUGUUGAUAACAUAUAUGUAUUAAAAAAGCUUAAAAUAAUACUUGCUCCGUUCCUCUAUAGAGGAGAAUGGAUAUCAUAAAAUGAUUAUACGGAUAAUAAUGGAAUUUCAUAAUCGAAUUCUCCUAAGGAAAAUAUACAUGCACCUGAUUUAUAUAUACCUUUGAUGGGAUUAAUUACUUUUGUUUUAGUUUCUUGCUUAUCAGCGGGCAUUGGUGAGAAUUUUAAACCCGAAAUUAUUCAAAUAAAUACUUCCUUUUGUUUAUUGAUCACUUUCUUAGAAAUUUUCUUAUUUAAAUUUCUGUUUUAUCUUGUUAAUAUUACUAAUGUAACUAUACUUAAUAUGAUGAGCCAUUUAUCAUAUAGAUAUAUUUCUUUAACAUUAGUUAUGAUCUCUAAUAUUAUAAUAGGAGGAUGGAUUACAGCUUUUUUGAUGAUUUAUUUACUUGGAUCUUCAAUUUUUUUUGUUUUUAAAACAUUAAGAAGAUAUAUGAAUACUUUAUCUGAUAAUUUUGGUAUUAUAUAUAUAUAUAAAUAUAUAUGUUUAUUUUUAAAGGAUAAAUGA